AUGUUCGAAAAGAACUUUCAACUGAACAAUAACCUCAUUGUAUCCAGAUCUCCCUUCUCCCUUCCUCCUCGAGUUUCAAACAUUGAAACCAUGCCGUCUCCGGGACCAACGAUCAAGAGGCUCUUUGUAGCUGCAAAAAAAGUAGUGAUACAGAAAACAAGACCUAGAUCCUUCUCUUCGGCUACCAGGUCUUACUUGGGCUUUUCGCCACCUCUAAUCAUCCUUCGCAAUAAUGCUGUUCCAUCCCCUAUACUCACCACCGAUUCUUUGAUAGCUUGCGAGGAGGGUUCUGUGACUGAGGUGCCAAGUGAUAUGUAUAGGGGUGUAAUUCCUGAGUUUGAACAUCGACCUUUGACUGAGAACCAGUUUCAUAUACUGGAUUGGUUGGAUGAGUCUGAAAUUACAUUCUUUGAAGAGAAAAAGAUAUGGAAUGAUGUGUCCGAGCAUGGAGUGUUCAAUGAUGACCUGUAUUUCACUGCAACCGAGAGUGAAGCGUCUCAGGAUGAAUCACAGAACGAGGGUGAAGAAUUCGAGGAAAACUACGGUAUACCAGAAGGGGAUUACAGCGAAUAUUACUGGGAGGCGAUGGUGGAAACGGGCGAUGAGGGAAGAGAUAUUCAGCAGGACCUCGACGAUGUUGUAGUUCGGCUCACGGUCAUUGGCCUAAUGACAGAAGGCCGUAAGGAGAACAGUUCGGCUGUUUCUGCCCUGGGAUUGUUUGAUGAAGAUAGAUUUGAGACUGUCCCAUCUGUGUUACCGGGUGAAUUCGACGAAGGAGAGAUGGAAGACAUGUCGCGGGAUUUCAAUAUGCGCCUGGAAGAGGCACAGACACAGAUACAGGAACAGGAGUCUCGAAGAACUUCGUUAAGUUUGAGAAAGACGAUAAGUAACAAGUGGACUGAAGUUAGAGUUAGCCUGCGCUGGAAAAUGUCAUUUUCGUCUUUACAGACAAAAGAUACUUGA